CAGAGAAUUUGCAUAUAGAUGGCUCCACAAAGAUCGAAAUACUUGGAGGCAACCACACGAGACAGGCCCUUCAAUCUCUAAAUCAGAGAGGUGUACUGACAUGUCAAUUGGUUAAAGUAAAUUUAUACAGACCUCUGCCAUUGACUGCAGCCCUUGCCAUAGGAUACCAACAUAAUGCUCUACUUCAUGAGAAAAGAAAACCCCUAUCCUUCAUAGAUAAAGUGCGUCUAAUGAGACAAUGCAGGCCAGCACACAACAUGAGUAAAACCCAGUUAAAUGAAUGGAAAGAUAUGCUUGUGACAAUCUUCCGUGCAAAGGACCGUAGGAAAAUGAUGGCGGGUUACCAACAGCACAUGCAUAUGGCAAGGUUAUCGGAUGAAAUCUGGACAAAACUUUUGAGGGCAACAGAAAAGGUAACAGCUGUAAAUGAGAAGUUUUUCAGACCUUUAAUGAGGAUAGAUGAUGACGAAAAAAUUAAGGAAUGCCUCGACAUCUUGAUGGAAGAAGGAACAAAGGUUUUUCAUAAGAAAGUAAAACAAUUCAUUGAUGAAGGAUGUACUGAACAACCAAAUGUAGAAACACCAAACGAGAGAGAAGACAGUAUUGUGUUGAAAAGAAAGUACCUUACUCUCAAGGAGAAGCAUAGCAGCUUGCUGCACGAAUUUGAACAAAUUGCAGAAGAAAACAAGCGUUUGAAAGAGAGUUGGAGAACAUAA